CCACUCCUUUAAAUCAGGUUCUAUUUUGCAGGUCUUUAAAGCUUUUUUAUUAUUAUUUGGAUUUGGAUUUUACUUUGAACUGGCACUGGUUAAAAAUAAAUAAAACACAUCACAUCCAACUUGUAGCUGUAAAAUGGAGUAUUUAUUUAAUGAGUAACAAGUAACGCGAGUCCAGCACUGAUGAAUAUGUACAACACAAAGCAUCAAAUCUCGGUGACUUCCGGAGGCGUUUGAUUCGUUGCGGAUGACAUCAGCUGUGGAGUGAGUGUGCGAAAAAACCCCGGCGCCCCCUUCUCUCCCCGGUUACCGAAUAUGACACAAUGUCUGCUGGUAUAAAAAGCUAGGGCCACUCCUAUCAAGGCUCCACUUGCAUGUCUGGAGACCACUCCGAUUGCUCUGCAGCGAAUAAAGGGAGGAGGCUGCCAUACAGGAGAUACGACACAGAGAGAGAGAGAGAGAGAGACGGAGGAGAGGAUGGCCACCCUGGUACAAUCUGCAGAUAUGGAGACUUUAGGCGGCCAAAGCAACACCGGGACGUCCCCGACCUCCUCCAGCCCCUCGCAGCACUUCAACGACGGCAAGUUUUACCUGCUGGUGGUUAUCGCGGAGAUCACAACGGAGGAUCACCUGAAAUGUGCCAUUGCGGACAUAGAGAAAGGCAUCCGCUCGUGGGACACCAACCUUAUUGACUGCAACCUGGACCAGGAACUCAAGCUGUUUGUCUCCAGACACUCAGCUCGUUUCUCUGCAGAUGUUCGAGGGCAGAGAAUUCUCCACCAUAAAAGUAAUGUCCUGGAGACGGUGGUCCUUAUCAACCCUUCAGAUGAGGCAGUCAGCACUGAGGUUCGUUUGAUGAUCUCAGACACUGCCAGACACAAGCUUCUGGUUCUCUCGGGACAAUGCUCUGAAAACACCGGGGAGCUGAUUCUUCAGUCUGGGUCUUUCUCUUUCUUAAACUUCAUCGACAUAUUUACUGACCAAGAGAUUGGUGAAUUGCUCAGCACCAUUCAUCCAGCAAAUAAAGCCAACCUUACACUUUCCUGCCCUGAACAAGGCGACUGGAAAAACUCCAAUUUGGACAAACACAACCUGCAGGACUUCAUUAACAUGAAAAUAAACUCCACUCUCAUUCUCCCUGAAAUGGAGGGCCUCUCAGAGUUCACAGAAUACUUGUCAGAAUCAGUAGAGAUCCCAUCUCCUUUUGACAUGUUAGAGCCACCGACUUCAGGUGGAUUCCUCAAACUCUCCAAACCAUGCUGUUACAUCUUCCCUGCUGGCUGUGGUGACUCUGCGCUCUUCGCCGUCAAUGGCUUCAAUAUGCUCAUUAAUGGUGGCUCGGACAGAAAGUCAUGCUUCUGGAAGCUGGUGAGACAUUUGGACAGGGUGGACUCCAUCCUCCUGACUCACAUUAGUAAUGAUAACCUGCCAGGCAUAAAUAGCAUGCUGCAGAGGAAGGUUGCAGAGCUCGAGGAAGAACAGUCACAGGGUUCGACAGCCAAUAGUGACUGGGUGAAGAACAUGAUUUCGCCAGAUAUUGGUGUUGUGUUUGUUAAUCUUCCUGAAAACCUGGACAACCCUGAACCUAAUUACAGAGUGCGGAGGAAUGUUGACGAAGCAGCGGUCACUCAGCAGUUACUCACCAAGCUAAAUUUGAGAAUAGAGCCUUUGCAAAGGCCAGUUGGGAACACUAUAGAGCCAAUCAUUCUUUUUCAGAAAAUGGGUGUUGGGAAGCUUGAGAUGUAUGUGCUUAAUCCUUCAAAGAACAGCAAAGAGAUGCAGUACUUCAUGAAGCAGUGGACAGGCAGUGAAAAAGAUACUGCUUCCAUUCUGCUGCCAAACGGAAAAGAAUCUGAAUUCCCCGUCUCUUACUUGACUUCAGUCUCUUCACUCAUUGUGUGGCACCCUGCAAAUCCCUCAGAUAAGGUUGUGCGUGUUCUCUUUCCUGGAAAUGCCACCCAGCAUCACAUCUUUGAAGGUUUAGAAAAACUAAAGCACCUGGACUUCCUGAAGCAGCCAGUUGUCACUCAAAAAGCAAUGUCCUCUACCAUGCCGUCAACACCAACAUUAAAACAAGCUAAGAUGAAACACAGAACAGACAGCAAAGAGAGUCUAAAGUCUACCCCAAAGCCAUCACCAAUCAAAAGCAUCAGAAAGGAUUCAAAGGAGGAAGCACAAGAAAAGGCAAAGGCAGAUGCAGAAUCAUCUCCGGAAAAAACACAGAAGACAGAGAAAAAAGAUAAGGUCCCACUGAAAAAGGAAAAGGCAAAGGCAUCUGAGAAAGAAUCAAAAGCAAAGGCAGAGCAAACAGCCCAAAAUGAAACUCCAGAAAAAAAGAAGUCUGAAAUAAAACCCAAGACUGUGAAAAAGGAGGCCAAAGUGUCUGUGGAAAAGAAAAAAGAGGUUAAAAAAGAAGUUUCAAAGAAGGAUGAUACACCCAAACAAGAUGGUAAAAAAGAUGAAAAAGUAAAGAAAGAGGAGGCAAAGAAAGUUGUGAAAAAGGAUAUCAGAAGAGACUCACCUAUGAAAGAGAAGAAGGAAGAAAAGAAAGAGCAAAAGAAAGAUGUCAAACGGUCCUCUAAGGACAUUAAAAAGACUUCUGGUGAAGAAAAGACUCUAUCACCAAAACCCAAGCCCUUGAAAAAAGACAGUGCAUCAAAGAAAGAUGCGGGAAUCCCGGCAAAGUUAAAAGAGACAGGAAAAGCAAAGGUAACAAAGAAGGAGACAAAGGUGAAUAGUGGCAAACCUGAGGCUAGCAUAGCUGCUGCUGCUGCAGAGGAUCCAGAUGCAGAAAGAGCUCUGAUGUCGUCACCAGAGGACCUCACUAAAGACUUUGAGGAGCUCAAAGCUGAAGAGUUGGUGGAGGAUGAUGCAACUGUGCAACAAAACAAGGAAGCAGAGGCUGUGAGGGUCCACAGUGAAGAAAUAAUACAAACCAAAGAGUCACCCGAAGCACUGGAGUCUGUGGAUGAGGGAAUAACCACAACAGAGGCCGAAGGAGACAGUGGAGAGACUCCAGAUGAACAAGUUCUUAAGGGAAAACUCAAUGGCAGUGUCAGCGAGAAGUUUGAAGAUGAAGGCACUGUAAUGGAGGAGACCUCAGAGGGAGGGGACUAUGAAGAAAAAGGAGAGACAGAAGAAGUUCAUGAACCACCGAGAGUGGAAUCAGAUAAAGAUAAGCUUACUCCCAGUGAAGAUGAACGCCAUGACAGAAAUGAAGUUGCUGUCGAAGACAACGAUGAUGUGACUAAUAAAAAUGUAGAGAGACAGCAUAUAAGUGAGAGAGAAACAGAGAAACAUAAGCUGUCUUUAUCAGCCUCACCCAAAGUGUCCUCACCUGUUUCUCCGGCUGCGUCUAUCCACGAUGAGAUGCUUCCAGUUGGCUUUGAGAGCUCAACAGCUUCAGAUGAUGAGAACAGAGAUGAACUCCAUGAGGAUUACACUGUCACCUCUGGCCACACUCAGUCCACCAUUGAAAUUUCCAGUGUGCCUACUCCCAUGGAUGAGAUGUUGACCCCAAGGGACAUCAUGAGUGAUGAAACCACCAAUGAUGAGAAUGACUCUCCUUCACAGGAUGUUGGCAGGUUUGGGACAUCAGCAUCUGGAGAGUUUGACAGGAAGAAACUAUCCCCACUUCAGGAUAUCCCAGGGUCAGAUCACUCUCAGAGUGAUGCCACAGAAGGCCAUGACUACAACCACUCCGCUUCCACAAUAUCUCCCCCUUCAUCACUCGAAGAGGAUAAAGUCUGCAAGGAGUUUCCCUCUGUAGGGAAAGAUAAAGGAUUUGCCACAGCUCAAGAGUCAAGUGAGAAAUAUGACACAGACUCAGCUAUGCUCAGUUCAACUAUUACUACAACAUCACCUCUUGUACGUUCUCCCUCAGUAGACCGCAAAGACAAACUUGAUUCGCCAUCAAUAUUUGCCGCUCCAAUAGAACUGUCCACCACACUGGCCGGAUGCACUAGAGCAACAGCCGAAUCCUCCGUCAGCCCAGAUGACAAGACACUGGAAGGAGCUAACUCGCCUCAGUCCUCUGGUCACACACCUUACUAUCAGUCACCGGUAGAUGAAAAAGCAGGAGCUCUACCACCUGUGUUAGAAGACAAAACACAGGGUCCUAUAAUUGUGGAGGUCACAAGUGAUAAAGAGGAUUCCUCCAGUAGAGUUACCCCAGAGCCGUAUGACACAGAACCAAACAGUUCUUCCCCUGUAGAGAGAGCAAUCUUCUCUCCAAAAAGCCCAUCUCCGACUGAGCCUGAUUCCACAGCAAAGAUGGAAAGGUCACCCUCUGACAUAGAUCAUAAGAGAACUGAAGAAAACAGCCAUUCUGUAUUGUCCUCAGCACCAGUGACCAAAAGCGAAUCAGACACUAAUCCCUUCACAGCUUUCAAAGAAGAAAGUAAAAUGUCCAUUUCAGAGGGUACCACAUCAGACAAGUCAGGAACCCCUCUGGAGGAAGUAGUCGCUGAAGAUACAUUUUCUCAUUUAGCUUCAGCAUCCACCACCUCCCUGGCCACCAGCUCCUUGCCAGAACCCACCACUGAUUCGCCUUCCCUUCAUGCUGAGGUAGGCUCUCCUCACUCAACAGAAGUGGAUGACUCUUUAUCUGUCUCCGUUGUUCAGACACCAACCACCUUCCACGAGGCUGAGGGAUCUCCAUCAAAGGAAGAUAGUCCGAGGCCUAUGUCUAUUUCCCCAGACAUUUCACCAAAGAUGAAAAGCAGAACACAGCUGCAGGACACAAAAUCUCCAGAGCACUCCACCAUGUCAAUAGAGUUUGGCCAGGAAUCCCCUGAUCACUCCUUUGCCCUGGACUUUAGUAAGCAAUCCCCAGAGCACCCAUCAGUGGGAAGCAGCUCACGUGCUACAGAGAAUGGCCCAACUGAGGUCGACUACAGCCCCUCAGGUGGAACGGAUGGAAGACCAUCUGAAGAGCACAACUCUAUCAUGGAAAAGCCUUUUCUGUUUGAAGAGAGCGAUUCAGUCCUUGCCACUUCUGCAACCCCAUCGGAUGCAUCUCAGUCCACUCCCUCUGUUACAACUCCAUGUCAAAUGACAGAUAUGCCACAUGCUGUUGCUGAGGAUACAGAAAGGUCUCCAGUUACCCCAAAGGCAUCAUCUCUCACCCACUCUCCCCAUUCCAGUGAGCCAUUCCCAGGGCUAGGAAGUCCACCGGCUAAAGACAGUACCAGCCCCAUUUCACCGUCUGUGGAGAGCAUUUCUGACACACAGCAGAAAUAUGACAAGUCACCCUCACCUCCCAAAGUGACUUCCCCAUCAUCAUCUUUUACCUUUGCAAAAGAAGACACCUUUUCCCCGGCAAAAGAGACUAAUCCCUUCAAAUGUGAGGAUCCUACACUUGUGAGCCCCAGAGUUCCCUUUCCAUCAUAUUUACCUAUAUCCUCUGAUCCAGGCAGUCACAGUUCUGCAUGUGGCUCCAGAGACCCAGACUCCAUUAAGAAGAGCCCCUCUGCUCCAUCUAAGAAUGAUGUCGACCUCUGCCUAGUGACUUCAUGCGAAUACCGUCACCCCAAGACAGAACUGUCUCCAUCCUUCAUCAACCCUAACCCUCUGGAGUACUUCACAAGUGAAGAGAAUGCCUUGAAUGAGGAGAAGCCUCUGGCCAAGUCAGGAGGUGGUCCCCCACCCCCAGGAGGUAAGCUUUCUGCCAAGCAAUGUGAGGAGACCCCACCCACAUCAAUCAGUGAAUCUGUCCCCUCCCAGACAGAUUCAGAUGUUCCACCGGGAACAGAAGAGUGCCCCUCCAUUACAGCAGAUGCUAACAUUGACUCCGAAGACGACUCUGAGACUCUACCUACUGACAGAACCCUGACGUACAGGCAUGCUGAUCCUCCACCAGUGACACUCAGGGACUCUGCUCCAUCUUCAGGCCACCAUGAUGUCUGCAUGGUGGACCCGGAGGCCCUCAAGGCUGAAGAAAACCUCCACAAUGCAAAUACAGAAGAAGGAGAAAAGGCCAAGAAGAAAAAACUUUUGAAAAAGUCUUCCUCACCAGCAAGGAAGAGUGCUCUAUCGAAAGUGAAGGACUCAAAGACUUCAUCUCCAAAGAAAACUGUUGGAGAGGGGAAAGAUGCCAAAAAUGCAACCAAUACCUCUGCAUCCAAAGGUGUAAAAAAUACCACAUCAGGUACUGGUAGUGGAAAGGUAUCAGGUGGGGCAUCUCUACCCAACUGUCCCCCCAUGUACAUGGAUUUGGUUUACAUCCCCAAUCACUGCAGUGCCAAGAAUGUGGAUGCUGAGUUCUUUAAGCGGGUGCGUUCCUCUUACUAUGUGGUCAGUGGCAAUGAUCUGACAGCUCAGGAGCCCAGCAGGGCUGUCCUUGAUGCUCUGCUGGAAGGAAAGUCCCAGUGGGGCAACAAUAUGCAGGUCACGCUGAUCCCAACCCACGACACUGAGGUGAUGAGGGAGUGGUACCAGGAGACCCACGACAAGCAACAAGAGCUCAACAUCAUGGUCCUGGCCAGCAGCAGCACUGUUGUCAUGCAGGAUGAGUCCUUCCCAGCUUGUAAGAUUGAGAUGUAGGCCCGUUCAGCAAGAGAUGAGGAGGCCUAGUCACUGAUGAUUCUGAUGAAGAAUUGUUAUUUGGGGAAUAAAACAAAUUCAUGCUGCAUAAAACCUAAGCAGACACUUUAAAUACUUAUAUGAUAAAAAUAUACUUAUUGUGUACUUAACCCUGAAAAAUCUAAUGAGGACUUACACUAUUACAAAGUAGCUUUGAGGGGCUCCAUGCAAAGGACAAUGUUUUCAUUAUAAAGUAACAUAUUCUUAACUAAGAUUAAAUGGAUUACUGGGAGGAAAUCAGAAAUUAGAAAUUAGAAAUUCUUCUGCAUACCCAAAAUAAAAAUACAUGACAUGCUUUUUAAUCAGUUUAACUGCUGUCAAGGAACAGAAACCUCCCUACAUGUGAUUCACAAAUAAUGGUUGUUAUUCACACCAAAGGACAAAAGAAGAUGUUUUUUGUUAUUUGCCUUAGGGAGUGAAAGUGAAUGUAUAAGAACUGGUGUAACUAGCAGAAGGAAAAAGGACUGUUAAGUGAUUAUAUAGCUGAAUGACACUAAAUAGAAAUUAACUUGAAUGGAUAUUCAACACUGAUUAGCAUUAAUAUGAUGUCUGACUUCAUAUUCAUCACAGGUGAAGCAAAGUGCCCCUACCUUUGUGAAACUGUUCCUUAUGUUUUUAAGGCGACUGGGCUUUGUUUGAUUUAAAAUGGAUGUUUGUGGUAUUUCUGGUCCGGUUUAUGUUGCUGCUGAUGUAUGAAUAUUAAUUUAUUAUGUUAAAUUUAAUUUAUUGUGCUAGAAUGUCCAGAUAGCCUUUUUAAAUUGUGCAGCAGAAUGUUGCCUCAGAAUGUUCUCCUUUGCUUUGGUUACGUCUGUAAAAUCAUUCAGUCGCUUUGUAGAGGAGUCCUUUUAUUUCAGAUCGUCUGUUUUAUUUACAGACUUUAAGUUAUUUACAAGAGAGAAAAUCAGAUCUUGUUUCUAAUACUUGUUUUUUAUGUAGUCAUUGCGCUAUGGGGGGAGCUAGACUUUUCCCCUUGUAAAGCUGGUGAGGCAGGAUAUUUUCAUAAACCUUAAAAUGUCUUGUUUUUCUAAAGCGUUGUACUAUAAUUAUAAAUAGGUUUGUGAGCGAUGGAGUGGUUGGAAGAUGUGCAUGAGUUAUGAUACAUUAGGAUUUUUUCUCUUUCUUUAAAUUUGGAUUUUACUCAGACUUGCAUUAAGGACAACAGGGAUGUGUAGGCUAAAUAAAGGAGCAUUUUGUGACUUUUGCAAGUUGCGCCAUGACAUUGUACAGUAACUCUGGUGAUUUCCAACAGCACUGUAUCAAUAGAUGACUUGAUUUUGGGUGCAGCACGGUGUAGCUUUUCAGGAUGAUGUGAGCGUUUUGGAAGGCGGAAAAUAUCUUAUGACAAAAGUGUUACUCAUGCUUCAGGAUAAAAUGGUAACGGCUUCCAGUAGAGGCGUAGUGAUGGGGGAGGCAGCACACAGAGGUGAGAGUGAGUGACUCGUGUGUUUCAUAUGAAAGUAAAAAAGGAGACACUUUAAACACAAACAUGACGCAUAAUAAACUAACAGUACAGAGGCCACAGAACAACAGUUUCUAGAGACAGACCCAUAACUCAAUGAUUACAGACUUUACUACUUUGGACCCUUAAAUGAACUCACCAAGCUCACCAGAUAAUUCUGAAGUAACGUCAGGUGUUCACGAUAUCACUAUAGACCAGUUUUCCUGCAGGGGAACCUCAAACCAACCCCACAACCAACAACAGAUCUACAGAAUCUGGACUGACAUGUCUCUUUUCUCUGUCUUUUUCUCUACACUUCCUCUACUUCUCUAUCUCUCUCUUUCUAUUUAUCUCUGCCUUUUCUCCUUGUCUUUCUCUUGGGAGAACUUUAAUAAUGUUUGUCUGCAGCUGUGUGGUAUAUUUGUCUUGUGAUCUUGCAUCCUCUCUGCCCUUUCCCUAAACUCAUAUGUAACCUAUAGAAAUUAGUUUCAAGCGGAAGUAUUCCUUAGUGCUUUCUGAUGUUUGUGUGCAAUAUUUCCUCUAUCCAUACGGCGAAUCUGAUGUAAGAGGAACCACUACUAAAUAACAAACACUCAAAACAACCACAUUAAAAUCU